CGCGCAGGCACAUUGUUUCAGACCGCUCCACCUCCGGGCCAUCUUUGGUUGUUCUCGCCGGUGACAUACCGUGUGGACACUUUAUUCCACUUCUCCUAUCUACUUAAUGAAUAAUAAACACAUUUAACCUGCUAACAAUCCGCCCUGCGCACCUGGACUGAGAGAGGGACACUCACUGGCAUUCUUUCCUGCUGGACCCUUCACGCCAUUUCUCAGAGCAUAAAAAGAGGGCGAGACGGGAGAGGCGGUGAUACAACAUGGAUGAGGAAUAUGAUGUGAUCGUUUUGGGCACCGGACUCACAGAAUGCAUCCUGUCCGGGAUCAUGUCUGUGAAUGGCAAAAAGGUUCUGCACAUGGACAGGAACCCCUACUAUGGAGGCGAGAGCUCUUCCAUCACCCCUCUGGAGGAGCUUUACAAGCGCUUCAGUCUUCCUGAUAGUCCACCUGAAUCUAUGGGCAGAGGACGGGACUGGAACGUGGACCUCAUCCCUAAGUUUCUGAUGGCCAACGGUCAGCUUGUGAAGAUGCUGCUAUACACAGAAGUGACUCGGUACCUGGACUUUAAAGUGGUGGAGGGAAGCUUUGUCUACAAGGGAGGAAAGAUCUACAAGGUGCCAUCUACUGAGACUGAGGCGCUAGCUUCAAAUUUGAUGGGAAUGUUCGAGAAGCGCAGAUUCCGCAAGUUUUUAGUCUUUGUGGCGAACUUUGACGAGAAUGAACCCAAAACCUUUGAGGGCGUGGACCCCAAGACCACAACCAUGAGGGAUGUUUACAAGAAGUUUGACCUUGGCCAGGAUGUCAUUGACUUCACUGGCCACGCGCUGGCCCUGUACAGGACAGAUGAGUACCUUGAUUUUCCCUGCUUGGACACCAUCAACCGAAUCAAACUGUACAGUGAGUCACUGGCACGUUAUGGGAAGAGCCCCUACCUCUAUCCCUUGUAUGGCCUUGGAGAGCUGCCACAAGGAUUUGCAAGAUUGAGUGCCAUCUAUGGAGGUACCUACAUGCUGAACAAACCUGUGGAUGAGAUUGUGAUUGAAGGUGGCCACGUGAUUGGCGUCAAGUCUGAAGGCGAGGUGGCUCGGUGCAAGCAGCUCAUUUGUGACCCCAGCUAUAUUCCAGACCGUGUCCGCAAGGCGGGUCAGGUGAUCCGUGUGAUCUGCAUCCUCAGUCAUCCCAUCAAAAACACUAAUGAUGCCAACUCCUGCCAGAUCAUCAUCCCUCAGAAUCAGGUUAACCGCAACUCAGACAUCUACGUGUGCAUGAUCUCUUAUGCACACAAUGUGGCGGCCCAGGGGAAGUACAUUGCCAUCGUCAGCACCACGGUAGAAACCAGCGAGCCAGAGACUGAGAUCCAACCAGCCCUUGAGCUGCUGGAGCCCAUUGACCAAAAGUUUGUGGCUAUUAGUGAUCUCUACGAGCCCACAGAUGACGGUACAGACAGCCAGAUCUUCGCCUCGAGUUCCUACGAUGCCACCACUCAUUUUGAGACCACUUGCAACGACAUCAAGGACAUCUACAAGCGCAUGACCGGGAGCGACUUUGACUUUGAGAACAUGAAACGCAAACAGAAUGAUGUGUUCGGGGAGGAUGAACAGUGAGCAAUCGAGGGCCUUCUGAGUGAAAAGAGAGGGGGUGUGGCUGGGAGAGGAGGCGGGGUUAAAAGGGGCAAAAUUUAAAAAGGCAUGGGGCAGAGGUUGGGUAGAUAUUUAGGGCUGACUGAGCUUUAAGAGCAAGAAGGUUAGAAUGAAGUGGAUGUGUUCUGCCUGCCUUAAACCAUUUGCCUCCUUUUCCUUACGUCCCCCUCUCUGCUGACACACGCAUACACAAACACACACACUCUACCAUUACAGAAAAGCAGGGUUGAUAUGGUCUUUCAUUCUAUUGUAGAAUCUAUAAUCAUGUCUUAACUAUCGUCAUUAGAGGUGAAUUUAUUACUUGUUGGCGAUUUUCAAAGCAUUUCAUUCUUUCUGUACCAUCUUUUCUCACGUCAGAGACCUCUAUAACAGCUUAGUGUAGAAUCUUCUGGGAGGCUCUGCCCUCCAGGUCACAUGCAUGCAUCUUAUACACAGUAGUAUUGUACAUAGACUCAUACAACAUGGCGGUAUGAAGGCUGGACCAUCGCUCCUGUCAGCCCUGCUUUCCCUUGUACUUCACUCGACUCCUUUUGGCAAAACGUGAUGACAAAUUCAACUGAUGUGCUAACUUUGCAAUGCUGUCGUGUUCCCUGUGCUAGCAGGCAAGCUAACCAGUGGCUAUUAUCUGUCACCACCCACUUUAUACCAUACAAAGAAGAUCCUCUCGUUAACAUGUGAUGUCACUUUUACCUUUCAGUAGUUUUAAAAUGUAAAUCAUUCCAGAGUUUUAUGUCUUUGCAUUUGGUGCACGAUUCACUGGCUGAAGUUAUGACGUUUAAGAGCCGAGAUUAAAACUGGUUGAGCAUAUUAUGAGAGUUGGAGAAGCAAGCAAGGGUUUGGUGUUUUUGGAGGGGAGACAUCUGAUUUUGACUAAUUGAAAGUGUUGUGAUGUGAGAAAGUGUUGAAGGGAGAAGGUUAGUGGGCUUUGACAUUAGGAAAGUUUCACUCAUGAGUGGAUGAGGCAAUGACUGAAAUUUUGGCUCACAGUGAAAGCGCUGCAGUGUGUCCCAAUUGUUCCAACCCUUGCAUAUGUCAUUGAAAUAAGUCAGGCUAAAACCAUGGAAGUGCUGGUUUGGACAUAGAGGGAUAGCUUGAUGCUUCUAUAAAGACCAAGCAGGAGAAGUGCCGCCUCAUAAUGACAAACCAACAUAUUAGUAUUUGGUUGAAGCCUUAAUUUGGGAUUUUAUUUAAAUCUUUGAGCCUUUUCAAAGACUGACCAUUGUGGCAGACUUGUGCCAAAAAUGGUUGAAAACAUGAUUGUGUUAAUGCACAAUUUAGUGGGGCCCUCUGCUCAUCUGUAGCUCAUCACAUCAACACCAUCUAAUUAUUUCCUUAAAAUCUGCCGCAUCCACUCACUCAGCAUCCCUAAGCAUUUAUUAGGGUGUAUAUGUCUUAUUGUUAUGCUCUAUUUAUUUCAAUUUCACUGACAUGGAAGGUUUAUGUCAGAUGCUGAAGAUGCUAUGCUAAGCAAUGCACAAACAGAAAUUAUCAUUAUUAUUUUUUUUGUUGUUUGCAGUGUCAUGUGUUUUGGGGUAUCUUCUCAAGCGAUCGUUGCAGUGUUGUGUCACACUUGGAUUAAGAAAGAGCCGAAAUUUGAAUUUGGACAGUUGUGUUUUUGCCUGUUUCACACUGUACAUUGUUUAACAUUGUGUGUGUGGAAAAUAUGACACGGUAAUAACUGGAAUACUCUUUCAGCAAUGAUAUGUUCAAUGCCCUCCUUCCUCAGUACCACAUACAGUGCUCUUACAGCUACUCGUUUUAUUUAUUGAAAACAAAAGCCCUGCGAGUGGUUGUACUGUUUUAAUUCUCAUUGUUUGGCCCUUGAGACCAUUAUUGACAAUACCCCUUGGAAUUGACUAAAAAAAUAGGCUGAGUAGUAGAAAACUUACUGUCCUUGUUUGAUCACUAGUAUGUGAACAAUGCCUAAUGUCUUGUGUAACAAAUACAUUGAAUUAAACUAUGAAUGAAA